AUGACUCAGGGCGUACAGAAAUCCUCUUCAAAUGGCUUUGAGAAGCAUUUGGCAUCGGAAGAGCAAUUGGAGAAGAUUAAUGAAGUCAGGAGACUAGUGGGUACAUUGUCAGAGAAGCUUUCCAUUUACUGCUCGGAUGCAUCAAUCUCCAGAUAUCUAAGGGCAAGAAAUUGGAAUGUCAAGAAGGCUACUAAAAUGCUGAAAGAUACUAUAAAAUGGAGAGCAGAGUACAAGCCAGAAGAUAUCCGCUGGGAUGAGAUUGCUAAGGAGGCAGAGACAGGAAAAAUCUACAGAUCAAGCUGCACUGAUAAGCAUGGAAGGCCAGUUCUAGUCAUGAGACCUAGUCGUCAGAACACAAAGUCAACCAAAGGGCAGAUUAGGUACUUGGUGUAUUGCAUGGAGAAUGCCAUCAUGAAUUUACCGCCGGACCAGGAGCAGAUGGUUUGGCUGAUUGACUUUGAUGGAUACAAUCUGUCACAUCUAUCAUUGAAGGUCACAAGAGAAACGGCCAUUGUCUUACAGAACCACUAUCCAGAGCGCUUGGGUCUAGCAAUACUAUACAAUCCUCCAAAGUUCUUCGAACCUUUCUGGAUGGCAGCAAAAGUCUUUCUAGAGCCUAAAACCCACAACAAAGUCAAGUUUGUCUACUCUGAUGUUCCUGAUACCAUGAAGAUUAUGGAGGCAUAUUUCGAUGUGGACCAUCUUGAGGCAGCAUUUGGUGGGAAAGAUUCAGAAGCAGGUUUUGACAUUGGCAAAUAUGCUGAGAGAAUGAAGGAAGAUGACAAGAUGAUACCUUCCUUCUGGACGAAAGAAGGUUGUCCAUCUUCAGUUUCAGAACCUGCCGUGGAAUCUGCAGCAUCUUUGGAUACUCUCUCACUAGAAGCCACCACUGAUGCUUCUAACCAUGACAUUGCACUCGAUUCUCAGACGGUCUCCAUAAAUGACAACGACGAUUGUAGUGUAACGAAAGUAUUACCGGAAGAUGUAGUAAAUCAAAAUGAAGUCUUAACUGCUGAUAAAGAAGAGCAUGCCUGA